UAUCAACUUCAAUACAACAUUACAACCCAUUAGGGUUUGCAAAAACUGAGAGAAAAUGAACUUCUGCCGCCGCAUUCUGAUGGCUCCCGGUUCUCUUCAUCACCACUUGAAGAAGGUUGUUACUGCUCCUCCUCCUUGGACUGGCAUCCAGAACUAUCGUAUCUGGAAGGUGGCUUGUUCAAGUCCCGCUGCUGCGCCGUUUUCAGCUGGCGUGGAGACCUCUGAAGUUUCUUCUUCAGAGGAUGAUCUAGGCGACGAUCUAUGCGAGGAUGCUUCUUCUUCUGCUGAGCGGGCGAAGGUGCUGAACAGGGAGACCUUUCACAAGCUGAGGCGUCUUACCGUUGAGACCAUAGAUCUCAUCAUAAGGGAGGAAGAGAAGAAGGGCGUUUACGUCACUCAGGAGGAUCUCUUAGAUGGGCGAAGCUUCUUACUAAGUACCGUAAACCUGAAAACGGCCUCGAGAUCUUGCGGUGGAUGGAGAGUAAGAAGAUGAUUUUUUCAACCUACGAGCUAGAACUUUAUGGUGGAUCUUGUUAGCCAGGUGAUAAGCAUAGAAGCGGCUCAAGAGUUGUUCGAUAAAGUAGACCCAAACUUCGACAGAGAUGAUCCUAAAGCCAAGAAUCAGCCUGCUUUCGAGAUGCUCGAGUAUUGGUAUCGUGUUUACUUCGAAAAUUCUCCGUUUAGAAAUGGUGAAAUUGCCGAGGAACAUAGGAUACGGAUGAUGAAGAAGCGUCGUAGAUCUUCUACUCUUUUUUAAUGUUAAUUUCCCCUUAUUAUGUUUUUUUGCUCUGAUCAGCUUCUGUAAUCUCUUUAAUUAUGACCCAUCCAUCUGUGUGUGCCUCUCUAUUAGCUGGUUCAUUCAUAUUAUUACUAGAACUCAGACCCCGGCA